AUGUCCUCCGACGCCUGCAGCAGCCUCAGCAUUCACUCCGCCAUCCAACAGCAGGGGAUCAACCCGGACGCGGAUUUACUCCUCGGGUCGAGCCGAGCGACGUGGGAGGACUUCUGCGAGGUGGUCGUCGCGUGGAACGCACGUUUCGCCGCCAUCCCCUUCCUUGCGGAGGCCGACGCCGGCAACAACCUUCUCACGCUCGCCGCCUUCCUCGGCAAUGCCGCGCAGGAGUCGGCAGACUUCGUGGCCUGUGCGGAGUACAUCAACCCAUGCCAGGGCGUCUGCUCGGGCGGCAACGCGGAGGACUACCGCGACGCCCUCUGGGGGAAGUGCUAUCAAGUGCCGGUGCCGACAACAGACAACUUCGACAAGACGGGCUCGCUACCCGCCGACGCGUGCGGCACGUCGGGGCAGGUGACGUGCGUGGACUGGGACGGGCGGCCGCACAGUGGCGACAGCUGCUGGUACGGCAAGGGCGCGCUGCAGCUGACCUGGAACUGCAACUACGCCAAGGCCAACACCCUGCUCCGUGAGAUUGGGCUCGAGAUCGACAUCUGCGCCGACCCCGACUCGAUCUGCAACGACGGCCAGACCUUCUGGGCCGGCUCGCUCGCCUACUGGAUGAUGAGCGUCUCGCCCUACUAUCUGCAGGAUCACCGCAUCGACACGGCGAUGAACUGCAUCAAGAGCGGUUGCAGCGCGCCCUUCCCCGGCACUUGGACGGGCUCCGGCGCGGCGGUGCGCAGGGCCAACUACGAGGGCUACCUCAGCAAGCUCACCGGCGGCACCGCUCCCGACCCUGCUUCUCCAACGCCGUCGCCGUCGCCGACGCCGUCGCCCGGCCCGGCGGGCAGCGCCAUCGGCGCCAUCGGGAAGCGGUUCAUCAAAAUCGGCGUUGCGGCUAUAGCCGCCUUCGCCACCAUCCUGCUUGCCGCGGUGGCAUGGUGGCUGUGGCAAAGGGCGAGGCUGAGACGAAGGGGUGGGGACAAGAGCUCUACGCUGGAGUCCGACGACGCUGUCGCUGUCCCCUCUGGGGAGGGUGUCGGGGCGGGAGCGGGCAUGACGUUCAGCGGUAAGGUCUAG